CGAAAAAGCACUGAAUGCCAGAUCUAUUUUGUACUUAGUCAAUGGUGUUGUUAUUACAUACAUAAAUAGAAGACAGUUCUAUUCGUUUGUAAUUGUAUUUAUAAUCUAACGUAAUAACGUUGCAUCAUUAAGAAAAUUAUGUCACAAAUCAAAGUGAACAAAAUCGUGAACAUUGCUGUACUAAGAAGAUUAACGACGAUGAUAAGAAAAAAGAGAUCAUGGAUAUUACAGAUGAAAGCAGUGAAAUUUUACAACAGUUUCGAGCAUAUGCGACUGAAUUAGAUAACAAACAUGAUCGUUUUGAAAAGAUUGUAAAAUUUAGCAGAGAUAUUACUAUAGAAAGUAAAAGAAUAAUUUUUCUUUUGCACACCAUAGAUAAAAAAAGCAAACAGGAAAGUGUGCUACGUGAAGCUGAUAUGAGAUUGCAAAAAGUUGCAACAACCUUUUUUAAAUCUAUUGCACAUGAAUUAGAAGAUCAAGAUCCAUACCUUUAUCUUAAAGCUUAUCGUAAUGGUUUGGAAGAAUAUAUAGAAGCUGUUACAUUUUAUCAGUAUCUAAAUUGUGAUAAUAUGAAAAGUUGGUUAGAAAUAGGAAAAACACUUACUUAUAGAAUUCCUGAGAUUAUUAAUGAUAAAAUUGUACAGGUUUUAGUCAGUCCGCAUGAAUAUAUCUUGGGCAUUGCAGAUCUGACUGGAGAACUAAUGCGUGUGUGCAUCAAUAGCUUGGCAAAAGGAGACAAAGAUAAAUGUUACCAAAUAUGCAAUUUUGUUAGAGAUAUAUAUAAAUGUUUUCUUGGUUUUGCAAAUGCUUCAAAUAGGUUAAUGAAUAAAAAGCUUAACACACUUGAACAAAACCUCCAGAAAAUAGAAAGUGCUUGCUAUGCAAUUAAUGUAAGAGGUUCAGAAGUACCAAAACACAUACUUAUGGAUCUAGUUGUUAAUGAAUAUACAGCAGAUAGUGAUGAAAGUUAUCAAGUCUAUUAAAAAACUUAUAAACAUCAAAGAAGAACAUAAAUAAUAACUUUGAAGAUAACCACAAAUAUUCCAUAAUUAUUUUUAAGUAGUUUAUUUAAUAUUGUUUUUAUAUAUUUAUAAUAAAUGAGAUAAUGUUUGCAUCAUUUUUUUCAGUUAUCAACUUUAACAUUGUAAAAAUAUUUAUAAAAUAUAUUAUUUCCAUAUUCCCA